UCGUCCGAGUCAACAAUUACUUGUUACUUCCAACUAAAAAAAUAGUGGGGAAGUACUAACUGGUUACUGGUGUCCUCCCGUCGUCCCAAAAAGAGCAGCUUCAGCACAGGAAGGAGAGACAAGAAAGACUGAAGAAAUAGAGAAAAUGGAAGACGAAAAAGUUGAUGAUGUUGUUCUUCAACGUCAUCUCCCUCACGAGUUGAUUACCCAGCAUAUUCUUACAAGACUCCCCGUCAAAUCUCUACUCCAAUUCAAGUCUGUUUCCAAACAAUGGUAUUUUUCUCUCUCUUCUUACCAAUUUGCUCAUACCCACUUUCAAUUAUCUUCUUUUUCUCUCUCCUCCACCCCUACCCAAUUCAUGUUUAUCCAAAAUUUGAGCAAUUUUUACCUUUUUUCUUGUGAUGAUCAUGAUGGUGAUGAAAUUGGUAGUAUUACUGUUGAUAGAAACAAGAAUUUGGUCAAAUUAGGGUUUGAUUUUGAUGGGGAUAAUCUUGUUUUGAUAGGUUGUUGUAAUGGGUUGGUUUGUUUAGCUUCUUUUUCUGAUUAUUUCUUCAUUUUAUGGAACCCUGUUACUACCCAAUUUCGCAAGUAUUCGGACCCGGAUGUGUUUGUUGAUUCUACUAGCAAUUUUCGGGUUUCGUGGGGAUUCGGGUAUGUAUCCGGUAUCGAUGAUUAUAAGGUGGUUAGAAUACUUGAAUUGAAUACUACCCUAGAGAUUAGGGUACAUGUGUUCUCAUUGAAAUCAAAUAAGUGGUCAAGAAUUGCUAAUGAGCUUUAUCAAGGUGUUAUUUCUUUGACAACUGAUGAGAAUGAAGAAGAGAUUGAAUCUGUCCUAUAUUAUCAUCGUGAGGCUCGUUUUCGGUUCCCCUACUCGAUACACUUAAGGCAAGGAGUUUUGAUCAAUGAGUCUCUAUAUUGGAUUGCGUCUGAUACAAAUGCGUCAAGUGAUUGCGCUAGGAAGAUUGUUGUGUUUGAUUUAGUUCGUGAGACGUUUGACACAAUUGGAGACCUGGAUUUGGUUUCUAGUGAUGUCUAUUGGGAUAGAAUUAUAUUUUCCAUGGGAGGAUGUUUGUCUAAGUGUGGAAUCAAUAAAAGAGAUGAUGUUUAUAUAGACAUCUUGAAGGGUCCUGGAGAGGUGGAUAGAAUUCAUCUUUCUAGAGACUUGAGGUUACGAUCAUGCCAAGGUGUUUUUGGGUUCACUAGGACCAGCAAGUUUUACAUCCUGCUGGAAGAUUCGACAAUCGGAAUAGUAAAUCCGAGGGCACAGCCGAUGAAGUACACGCCAGUUAUAACUUUUGAAAGGUUGGGGAAGUCUCGUGCCGCAAAUUAUGUUCCGAGUCUAAUUUUACCUUAUACCGUUGCGUAGUGGUCAGGACUUAUCUCCCUUUGAUGAAGCAUUAUGAAGUCACUAUUGGCAUCGGCAUACCGCGAAUAUGAUUGUUUUGUAAUUAUGCGAGCAAUUGAUAUAUAACGGAUAGCUUAGUCUGCUGGCACUCUGACUGAUGGACCAGUCUUUUUAUCCCUGGUAGGGCAUCCCAAGUUCUCGUAGUUGAUGAGCUGCCAACCUCCGGAUUUGACCAUGUCUGCGCAGUUAUAACUUGAUCAUGAGCAAAUUUGUUCAUGUUGUAACAGGUUCUUGUACACUAGAAGCUUUGGCAUAACCAGUAAUGCCUACUUCCAGAACUAGUAAAUUGCUGAUAGCACAAGAAUAACGUUCUGUGGCAACAGAGAUUCAAUGGGAUGAAGAUGAAUUAAAGAUCUGAUACUUUGAAAUGUGAUCCUUGAUUCCUUAUUACUCAGUUGCAGUGGCUGUUUUUUUGAAGAUCCGAAAGAGGGGGAUGUCCCUUUAAGACUGUGUUGUAUUGUUAAAUAUAAACAUCGUGUUACUUAAAUUAUGUCAUGUAUAUAAAAGGUUAUGCUAUAGUGAUCA